AUGGCAAUGACAUGGAGAGGGUCGGCCGUUUUGUUGCUGGCAGCAGUGUGCACAGCAGUUUCUCCAGAGGCGUUGCAAUCUGCCUUGGCCGAGGUGGCCAGAUCGAAAAGUGCUGAGUACAACUGCUCGGUGAGCAUUGCCGUUCGGACGCCAGUCGGGUCCGCGCAGGCAGCCGACGGCACUGUCAACUUCGAGGCAAGCCAGAAGGCAGCGGCGACAGACUUGUACCCUUGGGGCAGUGUGACAAAGAUGUUCACCGCUGCGUCAGUCAUGAAACUGGUCGCAGGAGGCUACUUCCGACUGGACGAUGAGAUCGCCCCGUUGGUGGACUCCGUGAUUGCAAAGAUGGCAGCCAAGGACCCGAAGCAAAACUUCACUAGCGUUGAGGAACUCUGGGGCGUGAAUGCUGCGAAAACUACGCUUCGAGAGCUGUUGGGCAUGAUGUCUUCCAUACCGGAUUUCGAUACGGCGCAGCCAGCCAAGACCGGCAUCUCCAAGGAUCCUCUGCGGGCUGAGCUUUAUCGUCAGCCAGACCACUUCUACGAGCCUGCGGAGCUGAUGAGCGUGCCAUGGGUGGCUGGGCACACGAAGGAGUGCAGCUCCCACAUCAUUAUCGGCAAAUUCUGCUACAGCAGCACCAACUUCAUGCUGUUGGGCUUAGCGCUAGCCCAGCAUGCUGGUGUCGAGCACUGGGCAGACCUCAACCAGACCAAGUUCUUGCCUGAGUACCUCCAAGGGCAGAUCCGCUUUGCAAAUAAGGGCACUGCCAAGGACAUCGGUGCAGUGCCAGGCUACGAUCGAACUUCGUACAACCGGCAGCCAGGGAAUCUGAGCAACCACAACAACUGGCAAGUCGAUGGCGUUUUUGCGGGCUGGACGGCCAGCAACGUGGUAGCAACCUCGGCGCAGAUUGCGGACCUGGCAUGGGAGAUUUGGGGGCCUCCGAGCAGCGUGGCUCCCAAGGAGCUGACCGAUCAAAUGAUCCCUCAACGCACGCACAUCUAUGGACUCGGCGCCUUCAACGUUGGGCUCUUUUCAGCCGGGCAGUCCGGCAAGCUAGGAGUUGGCUAUGGCCAUUUGGGUGCCACUUACGGAUAUCAAAGCAUCGUGGGCUUCUUCCCUGAGCUCAAUAUCUCCAUAGCCCUGGCCACCAACAUUGAGACCGACAAGCAGGUUCAGACCCCUGACACGCUGUGCUUCUCCUACAAUGCCGUGGCAGGCCUGAUCCUGAACAAGACCUUCCACUGCACCUUCAAGACAAUGGGCUACUACGGUGGUCAGUGUAAGUGCUCCGAGCAGGUCCAGGUCUUCGUGUGA